AUCCCAAAAGGACAAGUGACAACUUACAAAGCACUCAGUGAUGCUUUAAAUUCCCAUCCUCGUGCUGUUGGUCAAGCUCUCCGGAUCAAUCCAUUCUGUCCUCUACCUAUCCCAUGUCAUCGAGUGAUCAUGUCCAACAAAGCUAUUGGUGGUUUCAAUGGUGGUUCCGGUGAUUGUCAAUUUGUUGCUAACAAGAAGGCGAAAUUGGCAAAUGAAGGUCUCUCUUUUGAUGAAAAGAAUUUUUUGACUUCAAACGUGAACGGUGACAACUCAAUAUUUACUGAUUUUUAG